AUGGUCUAUCAAACAGCCUGUCAGUAUUUGGACUGCUUCGUUUCUCGUAACUUGAUCGCAUUGGCUGAAACUGGUGCUUUCAUUCUGGGCAGUGCAUCUGUUGCGUUCUUCCUUCUGGGAAUGGUGCAUGAACAAAUGAUGCACCUGAGCGGAUAUUGGGCCAUCCUCGUCGCCGGUGGUUUGCUUGCCCGGGCCUGCGUCAGUUUCAUCCCUGAUGAAAAUGUGAUCUAUUCGCCUCAAGCAUUGCUGAUCACUAUUUUGGGCAAAAUCCAUCGUGUUCGCGAUCAUUGGAUUGAACAAGGUGCAACUUAUCGCGUCUGUGCGGAGUUUGCUCAGUUAUUUCAAUACCGACUUUCUGCUGCGCUCGAAGAAGUAUUCUCGGCUAUUAUCACGCCAUUUUUGCUCAUUUUUGUUGUUCCCAACCACACGCUUGAAAUCGUCGACUUUUUGCGUAAUUACACAGUGGAAUUACCUGAGUUAGGUGACGUAUGCAGCUUCGCGCAAAUGGACGUGCGUCGGCAUGGCGAUCCGCAUUGGCGUCCGGACACAUACGAGGAUCACGAAGCCGACACGCCACAUGGAGGGGACUCUGAGCAUGAGACUUCUCGUAUGCUACCAACUGAUGGCAAAAUUGAGUUGAGCCUAAUGCAUUUCCAUCUGAACAACCCUACCUAUCCUUUGCCAGAAUCAAGUCGAGCCUACUUGUUAGCCGUGCGUAAGCAGUUGAUGCGGGACAUACACCAACCGUUGAUACAAGCCCAACAAGACCAAAACGGUCACCCUUCAGUUGCCGGUGGUUUAGCUGGUCCGUUUUCACCCACUAGCCUAUUCACAUCCUUGUAUGGUGGUCAAAGCGCUGGUUCUUACANCGGAGACGCAUUGGUCGCAGUGAGUCGUCAUUCACCUGUACCGGGUUCUCCGGCUGGUGUGGUUACAGUGCCUAGUGUUCCCUUGCCUCGUUUGCAGCGUGCGACCGCUGAUCCAUCGACCUCUUCUGAACAGGAACCCAUUUCCCCCACCAUGUUAACAGGAGACACUGAUACGGAACAUGUUUGGCCAGAUUUACCUCCAACUAACUGCUAA